AUCGUUUAUCAGCAGCAAUGGCUACACAGUUCUUGCCAACCAUAGCUACUACAGAGCCACCAUUAUAUUGCAUAAUCGACUAGGUGUAAGUAAUAGAAAGAAGAAGAAGAAAAAAAAGAUCAGUAAGUAUCAUCCAUUAUAAAAAAAAAAGACGACAAAAACUAGUUCCUUUAGAAGAAUAAAGCUAUAUAUAUAUAGAUAAUAUAUAUGUGUAUUUCAAAAUAAUAUAUUCUUUACCAUAUUGAAUAUGUUAUUUGUGUGUAUGUGGAAAAAACAACGACCUCCACCACCACCUCCACCAGCGCGUCCAAUCAAUGUACCACCACCAUUACCUCCAGGAUGGUUAGAAUAUUAUACUCAAGGUGGUAGACCUUAUUGGUACAAUACUGUGACCGAACAAACUACCUGGGAUCGACCUAGUCAGCCAGCAACUCCACCACCACCACCACCAACAACAACAUCUCCAAUCAAACCCAAAAAAGCAAGGAAAAAGAUUCCAGGUACUACUUGGUUAUUGGUGACGACAGACGAUGGUACGGAAUUCUAUUAUGACAAAACAACCAAGACAUCCAAAUGGGAAAUGCCACUGGAAUUAGAAGAACCUAUUGCUCAUAUGAAGAACGAAGAAAAAGAACAAGAAGAGAUGAAACGGAAACAUGAUACAAUUGAAUCGGUGGAUGUCAAACGACAAAAAGUCGCACCUGAAGAACAAUCAACAGAAAUGACAGAAGAAGAUAUCGAGUGGCAAAUGGCAAACAUGGAUCCAGAGGAAUUGGCGGCACUUGGACUUGAUCAAGAACAAGAAGAAUCAGAAGAAAAACAAGAAGAAGAUCAAGAAGAAGAACAAGUACAGCUAGAGACAAAAGAUGAAUUCAAUCAGGACUCUCUGAAACAUGAACAACAAGAAUCAUCAUCUGAUAAAGGGGAAGAUCAAGUAUCAGAAGAAGAAAGAGUAGAACUUUUUACGCAAAUGUUGACAGAAAAGGAUAUUUCACCAUUUGCCAGCUGGGAAAAGGAGUUACCAAAACUAAUUACAGAUCCAAGAUAUCAAUUGGUACAACCUCACAACAAACGAAAAACAUUAUUCAACAAUUACUGUCGUCUUUUAGCCCUUGAAAAGAAAAGCAACGAAAAACCAAAGACAUCAGUAGAAGAAGAAUUCAAGAAAUUGGUAGAAGACAUAGCAACCAAUAAGAUGUAUUGGGAUGAUUUUCGACGCAAAGCCAAGGAUGAUCCAAGGUUCAAGGCGAUCCGGGAAUCCAAAUUACGUGAAACCUUGUUUAAGGAUCACAUCAAGACUUUAUCUAAAAAAGAAACCAACAAGGAUCGUUAUCGACAAUUAUUGAUAGAAAAAAUCCAUGGUCCAAUGCGAUGGCGGGAUGCAAAACGGCUAUUGGAACAUGAUGAUCGUUACCAUGACAUUGAAUCUAAAACUUUACGGGAAGAUCUAUUCCGGGACUAUUUGGAAGAAUUGGAUAAAUAAUAGAUAUAUAGAUAUUUUUUUGAAUAAAGAAUGGAUAUUUUUAUUAUGAAUGAGAUGAAGUUUUUUUUUUUUUUUUUAUGAGAUACAAAUGUAUGAUACAAAUCAAAACUAU